UGUGCCCCAUCCCUGCCCAUCUUCCCCUGGCCAUGAGCCCCCCGCUCGCAGCACCUACCGCAUCUCCAGACACAGCCCCUCGGCCUCUGCCUGCCCCUACAGCUGCUCCUGGGCACCGACCUGUCUGCCCCCGGGCAUCUUCCCAUCAGUUCUGGGGGGGAAAUCCCUUCCUGGCUGCUCCACAGAGCUUAGGAGAAGGAAGGCGAGCUUGGCAUGUCCUCCAAUCCUGCUCCAGGAGAAGAAGGUCACUCGCUAAUCCCCCUCAAUGAUGGGCAGCAUUACCUCAAGAUGAUUUAAUUGGAAGGGCUGGGGGCAGACGCUCAGUGGGGGCUUGGCGAGGGCAUUCCCUGCUGGAGGAUCCCAGCCCUCAGCCACACCAUUCCCCCUAUUUUUAGGGAUGGGGUCAUCAGCAAAGGCUUCAAGACACUGUCUACAUCUGCGUGGUUUCCUUCGUGUGUGUGAGCCACUAACUCAGAGCCCAGCGCACCUUGUCCUGCAGAACCGAGUUAACACAUCUCAGGGCCACGCUCUAUGCUAUAUUUAAAGCCGGAUCCCUACAGCACGAGGGUUAAAAAUAGCAAAGGCAGCACCAAGAUUAUAAAUAGUGCUCAGGUCCACCCCGACGUGGAGUUACCAACACAGCACCACGCAACUCCACCAACUGCACUCGUGACUGCAGCGCUCGGCUCAACCUGCUCCUCCUGCAGGUGACACAGCUGUCCCCAGCAGGACUGCAGCAGUGCAAACAGCGGCCACAGACAGUGCCUGGGGGCAGCCUGGAACUGGUGGGACCACGGGACCGUGCUCAGGGCAGGCAGUUCCCAGACAUCUGAGUUUCCCACGAAGGGCAGAAAGCAGCGACCGUGCCCAGCUGUAGGGCUCCUAUGGGAGGAUGCAGCAGAGCAGCCCUCAGCUGGUGCUGAGAGAUGGCAGCAGGAUGUGUGCCCAAGGGAUCAAGCUCCCCAUCCCUAAAGCAAAUAGAUUCUGCUGUCCUCGCACCUUUUUUUAAAGGCCUCCAAUCAUUGCGUGCCAGGAAAGUGGCAGUGAAGCGGUGCUGGGGACACGGAGGUCCCACGCAGUGCUGAGCCUCCUCCUCGUGACCACCACUCUGCUAAGGAAGCAGCAGUAAUUUCCCAGCCUUGCCCCCUCAUAUCCUUCUUGGUAACAAAGCAAGCAGAUGAGCGAGAGAUUAGUUGCUAAUCCCUCCAUGAAGAUGAAUCUAAAAAUCUGGACCUGGGGCCCAUGCAUGUGGCUGGGCAGGAACAGAUGGGAAGUGAGUGUCAUCAGAAGGUUACUGAUUUCUUCCUCUCCUUCUUCCCCUAUCUUUUUUACAGCAGGAUAUUUUCUUGCAGCGACGCCGUUCCCCAAGUGACAUCCCAGCUCUGCCUCCGUCCCAUCUCCCCCAGAUAACCCCUGGGAGCGGCUGCUCGAAGCUCAAAUGUUUGCAAAGCGCUUUUGAGGAUGAGGAGGAGGGUAUAAAGUCCAGCCCCAUUGCAACACGGAAACUUUCCAGGAUCUCUGCCUCCUGGAGCAGGGACCCAGCACACAGAGCAGUCUCUGGGCCACUUCUCCACGGGAGCCUCAGGGACAGCUGUCAGCACCUCUCAUGGUGUUUAUUUAAGGGCUGAAAGAGGGUUGGGGCCUUAAAUCCCCCUGGGAAGAACCCAGGCACCACUGCUCUGCCCACAGCCCCUCUCCCCUGCCAAACCUGCAGCUGUUCUUGCCAACUCUCUCCUCAGGGUUCCUGAGGCUCAGGGGAUUUGCGUGCUUCUUGCUUAACCCUCCUGUGUACAGCACAAGAGGCAGCACCCGCUGCAGCCCGUGAGAUGCGUUUGCCUUGAAGCAAUGCUGCCCACACACGGGGACAAAACCCUUCGUUUCUUGGAGAUGUCCUCUCCCAGGAGCCAGCCCAGAGCAUCCCCCAGUUUGCAGGGAUGGGGUGGUUGGCGACACAUAGGGAGCAGGGCCAUGCUAAAGCGCUGCACUCAAUGGAGAAGUGGGGGAGAAGGAGCAGAGCGUGAGGCCGACGAUGGCUUUCAGAGCAGCUUUGCUCUCCGUUGCACCCAGUUUUUCCUGCCUAGCCAGCGGUGCCUUCUUCUAUCGCGGCAAAACCAACAAGACAUGAAAAUGAUCGAGGCCACACCCAGGAAUUAGAGGUACAAGCCUGAAUUUCCCCACACACAACUCCUCUGAACAAACAGCAGCGCUCUGACCGUGACCGCCAACUGAAACGGUGCGUUCAUGGAAAUCCACACCACAAAUACACAGCUCCAAAAGUGUUAAUGCCAAAAGCCUUCUGCUCACCUCAGCUUAUCUCAGCCCCAGCAGCGGAGCCAGCACACAGCUUGCAGGAGUGGUGUGAGCAUGGCGUGGAGCUGCAACGCAAGGGUCCAGGUGGGCGCGAUGCUGCUGGCGCUUUUCGGGUGGGUCUCGUCCUGUGUCACCACCUUUGUGCCGCUCUGGAAGAACCUCAACCUGGAUUUGAAUGAACUGGAGAUCUGGACCAUGGGGCUGUGGCAGGUGUGCAUCAUGCAGGAGGAGGGGGCCACAGAGUGCAAAGCCCACGACUCCUUCCUCGCCUUGCCGCUGGAGCUGCGCGUGUCCCGCGUCCUGAUGUGCCUCUCCAACGGGCUGGGGCUCCUGGCUCUCCUCUUUGCCAGCGUGGGCUUGGAAUGCUGGAAGACAUGUGAAGGAAAACCCAACGCCAAGAAACAGCUGCUGCUCGCUGGAGGAGCAGCGUUCGGUGCGGCGGGGAUCACCACUCUGGUGCCCAUCUCCUGGGUCGCCUACACCACAGUCCUCGAGUUCUGGGAUGAAGCCGUUCCUGACAUCGUCCCGCGGUGGGAGUUUGGUGAGGCGAUGUUCCUGGGGUGGUUCGCUGGGUCCUUCCUUGCAGCAGGUGGGUUGCUUCUUAUCUACAGCACCUGCCUGAGCCGGACUGGGACGCCCGCUGCACCUCCAGCUGCCCGCCCGCUGCAGCCAGCGACACACAGCCCAGCCACGAUGUCACCGUGGAGCCACCACUCACACCCCAAAAACGCCGACCUGGUAAUCUGAGACUGCAGAUUUUGGCUGUCUGGAUUUCAGAGACGGUUCUCACAUGUUAAGGGAUGAUUUGUUGAUUCCUAAGACUGUUCGUUGCAGCUCGGUUUUCUUCCAUCUGUGUCUGUCUGCUUCACUUUUUGUGUUGUUUUUUUUUUUCCCUUUUUCCAAGCAACACUUGCAAACCGAGCCCAGUGUUGUAAGCCAAGAAGGCAAACACAGAGCAGUAAAGAGCACUUUGUAUUUCUGGCUAUAUUUGCAGGAUACUCACUGAUUACACUGUGUUGGCAUUCCCUGGGAAUCCCCCAAUGGCCAGGAAUGUAAUCGCUGUAAGACCUCUGUCUGCGCUAAAAAGCUCAUCCUUGAAUGUCCAUUUCACUUUGAUGUAUUCCAAAUAAAUUAUUUCAGCCAUUAGCAGUAUGUUUCUGUGCUCUGAGAGCAGAACAUCCUAGGUGGGAUGAGCAUUUGAUGAUGAGAGCAUGGGAAGAGCGGGGACGAAGGGUGUGGGUUUUAGGGAACAAAAUCACUGCUUGAGUGGCUGUUCAUUGAGCAAAAGCUUAGGGAGAAAGAGAAGGAAGGAGGAGAGAGGGGGGAGGCAGAAACAUGAGCUGAUGGCCAACUGCAAAGUUGAUCAAGUCACAAAUUUAGCAGCGACCUUCAUUUAGAAGGUUCUACAGCGGAACUGUUUACCUGGGCAUCAAAGGCAGAGAUCACAGAAACCACAGAAAGAUGCUAUUUUCUGGGUGUCUGUGAGGAUCUCCCCUAUUUCCUUGAUUCAGCUCAAAACAGAAAUUAAACCCGCUUUUACAUCUGCUCUCUGCUCCUAACGCUACCGAACACCAGGCUGAGCUAACAGCCGACUGCAGGAAACCCACUGCCACAGUCCUAUUUCAGAAGGGAGCUCACUGCUGCUUUAAUCUGUCAGCACCAAGAGCCACAACAGCACGGCCGAAAGUAAGGAAACCUCCACCCAACAGCAGCGCUCCUUUGGGAACCAAAGUUCACUGUUCUUCAAAAGCCCCGUUUUGAAAUCCGCACUUUGGUCCAGUGAAGAGUCAAAAAUAGAAGUACGUGGGGAGAGAGAGAGAAAGAAAAGAGACGAUUCCCAAACAUUUUUCACCCUGAGGAGGGAUUGCUGGGGGCACAGCUCAGCUCGGAGGGACCCAGCAGUGCCAUAGCAAUGGAGCGUGCACCACGGAGGGGCCAGAAGGGCAGCAUUCUUGCCUGAUGAAUGCACUUUUCAGACACAAACUUUUUUUUUUUUUUUCAGAGUUACACAAACCCACAAAGCAGAGACUCUAUUUUGACUUGAACUCAUCACCCACACCCUUGGGAAAUGAAGACACAGCAGGGGGAGGGAGAAUGAUGGCAAGAUGCUGAGCAAAGGUUUCCUCUCAGUGCCAGUACGCUCCUCCUUCCACACCUGAUCCAAACUCUCAUGGCUUCAUAGGCACAGACCUGCACUCAUGAGAAGCCCUUGUUCUUUUUUUGCAUAUUUGUUGGGAUAUUUUAUUUUUAGCAGCAACAGAAUAGGACAAACCUGUCUCGUGAGCUCCCCAGCCACCAUCCCGGUCACCUGGAAGUCAGAAUGUCUCGGAAUGACACAAUAUUGCAAAACUUAUCUUGAAAUUGUGGCCAUUUCCUUGCUGUGAGCAAGUGAUGGAGAACGUGGCACCAAGAGCCCAUGCUCCGUUAAAAAUGUUGCAUUCAAACCCUAGAGCCCUAAGAAAUAAAGCAGAGCUACCAUCAUUUCAGGGUCCCCUCCAUCACAGCAGCAUGGAGCGAGGUAGCAAGGCUGAAAAAGCAGCAGCUCUUGCUCUGUGACAUCCAUCAGUUGCAACAGGCUUGGCUCACUUUUUACACACACAUAGCUUGAGUUUGUACAGAUAAUUGUUCCAGCCUUAAGGAGAACUCAAGAUAAACCAACUCCCGUAGGGGUUAGUUAUUCCUCUAUAGGAACUGAUGGAGCAGUGGGACCCAGGUGACAAUUUCAUUCAAACCACAGAUCUGCUAAUUACAACCAACGUUGCACCAAGAAGAAGUCCCACAAACAUCUGUCUUCAAUUUGUCCAAUAACACCCACAUGUAUUUCUCUCCUUUCCUCCUCAGCUGCUGAAAAGAAUCUGCAUUUUCUCAGCACAAUGACAGAAGGUAAAGGCUCCAUUAUAAUGUAGGAUCACGUUAGCAGCUCAAUAUGCAAUUAGAUGUUUCAUUUCCCCAAUUAACGGAGAAAAUACUCAGAGAUUUUGGCUGUUGGAAAACAUGGAUUUUUCCUCCUCUUUACUAACUCAAUGUGAAUGCACUAUUUCCUACUGCUUGCUUUGGAAAUCAGAUCCCCUCCCUCAAAAACAACACCAGCUAACAGAGGGCGACUUGCAACACAACUGAAAAAGGAGACUUCAGGAGAAACCAGCAAGCACUGAUAACCAACAGAGGCAUUUUCUCAGCACCAUUUGCAGGAAUAUAGGACAAAGGAGGGGAAGCACAGCCCUCCCCAGCACCAGCCAGCACACCAUUAUCUGCAGACACAGCAGGGCUGGGCAGGUGGCCUUCAGUAAAAGCAGCACUGAACGUGAACCCUUGGUCACACAGCUCAAUCUGAAUAGCAGAAACAGAGAAAGGUGAGAUAGAAAACCAGCACUGUAACCCAGUGCAGCUCAGUGUGUCCCACCUGUAGUUAAUUAAAGAGUGCUUCAGAUCAGCACCAGCACAGAGGAGGCUCAGUCAGAUGCAUCACAACCUGUGCUCUCAUUGUGGACAUAUGUUGGCUAAUGGAAGCAUCAGCCACAGACCAGACGAGCUGCAGUGCACUCCAUGAGCCAUAUUUAACCCCGGGGCAUAGCAUGACCUGGCUGCUCUGUGUGUCACAAUGACGUUAAGGCACUGCUGUAGAUUUCAUUUGAAUUCCUGCCUUCUCAGGGAUGAGCUGAAGCUGUCAGGUCUGAAGAGCAAACAAAACUCUGUGGUCACAAUCAAUGAACUCAACUCUUCCUCUGUCAAAGCACUCAGAAGUCCCCCAUGCUGUCCCAACAGCAGCAGGAGAGAACUCUGAGCUCCCAAGCACUUCACUGCCAUUGCAGAGCCCAAGAGGAGCUAUCAACCACAGCACUGCAGAGCUAUCAAUGCUCACACCUGGAGCUGCAUUCAAGGACAGACAUUCCUGCAUCGCUUUGCCAAUGGAUUUGUU